AUGGUGUCCACAACUGGAAAGCUCCCAGUGGACCCAGUGGAAGUCCGAGGCUAUGACUUUAAUGACCCUGAAGGUGUGGACUACCAUAAACUUCUCAAGAUGUUCAAAACAACCGGAUUUCAAGCCACAAACUUUGGAAAUGCUGUUGAUGAAAUAAAUAAAAUGAUUAAAAAGAAGCUAACUCCAAUUCCACCAAAGGACUCCAAAGAGAAAGAAACUAAUUUGAAUCGAGUUGGUCGUGAAAUGACAAACUGUUCAAUAUUUCUUGGUUAUACAUCGAAUCUUAUUUCUUCUGGCACUCGGGAAACAAUAAAAUAUUUGGUCAAAAAUAAUAUGGUGGACUGCUUAGUGACCACUGCAGGGGGUAUUGAGGAGGACUUUAUAAAGUGCCUCGCACCAACCUUUCUUGGAGAUUUUGCAUUGCCAGGCAAACAGCUGAGGAUGGGUGGAAUAAAUAGGACCGGGAACCUCUUGGUCCCAAAUGAUAAUUAUUGUAAAUUUGAAGACUGGAUUAUGCCAAUAUUAGAUAAGAUGUUAGAAGAGCAAAAACAAGAGAGUACAAUAUGGACUCCUUCAACCAUGAUAGCCAGGCUUGGUAAAGAGAUUGAUAACCCAGAUUCAGUCUACUACUGGGCAUAUAAGAACAACAUUCCAGUGUUCAGUCCAGCUCUAACAGAUGGAUCUAUUGGAGAUAUGAUCUACUUCCAUUCGUAUAAGAAUCCAGGCCUUAUACUCGAUAUUGCAGGAGAUGUUCGUAAGAUGAACAACCAAACUGUAUAUGCGGAGAACACUGGUAUGAUAAUCCUAGGUGGAGGCUUAGUGAAGCACCAUAUAUGUAACGCAAAUAUGAUGAGAAAUGGUGCAAACUUUGCAGUCUAUGUCAACACUGCUAAUGAGUUUGAUGGUAGUGAUGCCGGUGCUCGUCCUGAUGAAGCCGUGUCUUGGGGGAAGAUCAAAAUGGACGCAACCCCCGUGAAGAUAUACGGCGAGGCAUCAAUGGUGUUUCCUCUUCUGGUGGCAGAAACAUUUGCAAGGACUUUUAAACGCGAGGAAUGAUCCAUCAAAUGGACGAUUUUAAAGCAUGUUGAUGAUAGCUAAAGAUUCAAUUGCCAACUUGGAAUUAUAGAAUUGAUGAGAAUAUAAUCAAUUUCACUGCAUCUAAAAUAGCUAUACACUCUUGGAAAUAUUGAAUGCGACUUUAGUGAAGUGUGUUUGUUUGAUAUAACACAAUUGUGUAUGGACAACAUUAUAUAUAAGGCUUUACAUGUAUAUAUAGGUACAAAGAUGACCAACUUUCAUUAUUUCAGCCUAAAGGAUAUCGGUGCUUCCAUUGUAUGGCAUGAAAAAAUGUACUGUACUUCAAAUAUGAUUUUCAUUGAGAAAACUAUAUAUACAAUGGCAAGAUUUCAGCAAUUUGUUAACAAGUUUUAACACGUUUAUAUACAUGUUGAUGAACUAUUGUAUAAUAUUACACAUGUGGUAUAUUGUGUAUGAAAACCUAUAACCGUACUACAGGUAAAACUCUAUGAAAUAAAUAUUCAAAAUAAAUUUUUGAAAAAACUGCAAUCAUCUUUAAAUAUGAAUAAUUUAAAAACUGUAAACAAGAAAAUGAUAUUGGGUUUGAUUUUAUAACUAUUAGAGUCAUAGUCAAAUAUAA